GAAGAGGAGGAGGAGGAGGAAGAAGAGGGAUGGGUGGAAAUGGGCAUCUUUGCAAUUGUAAUCACACCGCCUCUACUUUCAGGGUUAUUAUAAACCUGCAUGUUUAACGUGAGAGGUGCAAAACUGUGACGAUGCAGCGGAUCUCAUAUCAGCUGUUAUUCUGAGCUUUACUUCCUGUGAGUCUCACCUGUCUCCUUCUCACACCUGCGUGGCUCAGCCCAGAAUAGUCCAUCAUGUGCUAAGAAACACUAGACACAACAGACGUUACGUAACAGUGGACUACAGACUGACAUGUAGGAUCCACUCCACGGCUCAGGAUCUGUCGGUCUCCCACCAGUCAGUGAGCAGACAUUUGAUAGGACGUGCAUGAAGUAAUAGGGCGGGAUAUGCUGACGGAUUGGCCUUUGACUGGAGGAUCUGCUUGUGCGGGCAGCAGAACAGGGGGCGGGUAAGUAGUGAUAGUGUGCAAUGGAGGACACCAUUGAGGUGAUUUUGCAAGACCACGGCAGGGUCCUUCCUACCAGCAGACCUCAUCCCAUCCUGUCAGCCUGUACAGGUGCUCUGCUCACAGGCCUGUAUGGAGUGUGGUGCCUCUUUGUCAUACCUGGCUUCCGCAAAGUCCCGUGGAAACUCAAGGUGCCUUAUUUGCCCUCUAGCAAAGAUCAAACACUGAACACUAUGAAGCUGCUUGAGGGACGAACAGGUCGCUUAGCAGAUCUGGGAUCAGGAGAUGGAAGACUGGUGUUUGCAGCCUCUUCUGCUGGCUUCCAGUGCACAGGGUUUGAGAUUAACUCCAUUUUAGUGGCAUAUGCCAGGAGCAAGGCCUGCUGGACAGGAAUUCCUUCUAGCCAAGCAACUUUUGUUAAACAAGACUUCUGGAAGACUGAUUUGUCUUCCUACAACAAUGUAACAGCUUUCCUUGCUCCAGGAGUAAUGAGGGUGUUGGGUGAGAAGCUGUUGAAAGAGCUUCCAGAUGAUGCGCGUGUCAUCGCUUGUCGUUUUCCGUUCCCUAACUGGCCACAACAGUCGUCUGCUGGCUCCGGACUCGACCAGACUUUUGCUUACGACAUGGACACUGUGCGCUCACACCUGAGAAAUGUGACGAACACAGUGGAGGAAUAAGUCAAAGUCUCUUUCCGCCGCUGUCAUUCUCAACAGCGCUUAACCCUCCAAUCACUCUCUUUUUUUCUCAGACCAGACAUGCAAAAUAAUGUGGUUAGGUACUUGAAAGAAACCAUACAAAGAAAACACAUUGAUAGGAAGCAGCCAAAAAGCACUUUUGGGACAUAAAUCAAUGAUGUCUGUCAUUUGUGAGCGCUGAUUAUGAGUGAUCUUUCUGAAAGAUGUUUCUGAACAUUGCAAAGAUGAGAAGGACUCUGACUAAGCAACAUGUCAAAAAGAUUUUGACAUCCCUUGGCGCCUGCAGUAUUUGUUCCGGCUUUGCACUUCUAGAACAGACUGAGCAGUGCCAUAUUGCUCAUGAUCUUGGUGUAAAUGCUUUCAUGCACCAGUAUCUACAGUGUGGCUUUAGCUGUCUGUCUAAGCACUCCAACACUACUAACAAUUAAAUUUUGCUAAUUUGCAAGCGACGCUAUGAGGUCAGUGUUUUUGAGAGGUGUGUAUUAAUUUUGUGAGGUUGCAGUUAGAUUCAUGUGUGGUGUUUAAAAUAAAUUAAUGCCUUUGUUCUAGCUUGAGGUAAAUCUGAGAUUUGUUCCAUCAGUCUCCCACACAGCCGCAGAUGGUUAGACAUAGACAUUUAUAUAUUUUGUGUGGGCACCCCCUAGGUAGUCUAAAAUUGUUGUCUGCAUCAUCUGACCCUUGUAGGUCAUGUGGGAUGCAUAACAGGGUGAAGGAAUGAGCACUUUAGUUUGAGUAUGUACAAUAUGUAACCCUGUGUUUGUGUCUACUAGCAGUUAAACUUAAGAAAUUUCAAUAAAUUUAGCUGGUAAUUCA